AAAAAAAAAAAAAAAAAAAAAAAGUUAGCAUAGUAUAUUAUCCAAUAUUAACAAAAGUCAUGUACAGAAAAAAAAACCCUUUUUUUUAUGUAACCUCAAAUAAUAAAGUAUUUUCUUUCUUUUUUUAUAAACUAAUUCGUACUCUUUUUAAUGGUCGACAAUUCGACAGCUUCACAUAGUGUAAGCCAUUUUUUACUCAGACGUCAUUCAACCGGCAAUGGAGUUAUAGAGACCUCAUUGACUCUUCCACCUUACCCACCCACUACUGUCGAUCAUCUCUGUCGGGAAUUUACUGCUCCUGAAGGCGUCUACCAACUCUCUCAUUCCAUCUUUGUCAAUGCCCUUCAACCCCUUUACUCAAUCGGUACUACAGCCACACUAGUAUCUAUCAAAUAUAAGCGAUCAUCACCCAUUGAACAAGACUUGACCCAUCACAAUGACAACCCAACUUUAUCAUCUUUCUUAACAAGGAGUCAUACAAAGUCACGGAAAAAGACAUUUGUACAAAAAAUUAUUACGAACGAUCAGCUAGCAAAGAUAUUGAUGGCACGGACGAGUGCAGAUAUUAAUGUAUUUUAUAAUUGUGGUACAAGUUUUGUCUGGAUGGACGCAGCUGGACAUCCUAAAGAACCUUUAUCACGUAUUGUGUUUUCAAAUGCAUGCCCAACAUCACACGAUGUAAAUAUAUUGACGCGUGGUGUUGAUCAUCUUGAUAUCAUUAUUGGCUUUACAACAGGUGAUAUAAUUUGGUUUGAUCCUUUAUGUAAUAAAUAUGGGCGUAUGAAUAAAGAUGGCAUUAUGAAUUCUUCCUCUGUUACAAUGAUCAAGUGGCUGCAAGGUUAUGAAAAUUUAUUUAUGGCUUCUUUUCAGGAUGGCUCUGUGAUGCUUUUUGACAAAGAAAAGGAAGAUGUCACAUUUCAUCCAGGAGAUGCAAAAGACAAUGAUGAUAAUAAAAAAAGCAUGUUCACCGUAUCAAAACCUCCUUCUAAAAUUGCUUCUAAAUGUAAUCCAGUUUCUCACUGGAAAUUAUCUAAUCAAGCAAUCACAGCUUUUGCAUUUUCACCUGAUUGCCAGCAUGUGGCUAUUGUUGGUCUUGAUGGUCUAUUAAGGAUCAUUAACUUUUUACAGGAAACAAUGUCUGAUGUCCAUGAAGCAUACUAUGGCGGAUUGUUUUGUGUUGCUUGGAGUCCAGAUGGAAAGUAUAUUCUUACGGGCGGACAAGACGAUCUUGUUACAAUUUGGGAUUUUAAGGAACAACGUAUUAUAGCUAGAUGCCAAGGACAUAAAUCCUGGGUUAGAGGUGUUGCCUUUGAUCCUUGGCGAUGUGAUGAAACUAUUUAUAGAUUCGCAAGUAUAGGUGAAGACGCUCGACUAAUUUUUUGGGACUUUUCUGUCAAUGCAUUACAUAUGCCUAAGAUUUCUGCAAAGAAGCGUAAUCGAGGCACUUCCGUUUCUUCAGUUAAUUCUUCUGUACCUAUUACAAGUAUACUAGCAACUAUUCAAGAAAGAAAACAACCAAUUGUACAUCCCGUCUUACUAAAAACACAAGUGGCAUUUUUACAGCCUACAGUUGUGAAAACUAUUCAUGGAGAUCCUUGUAUAGGUAUUUAUUUUAGGGAAGAUGUGAUAGUCACAACAGACAAAAGAGGUCGUGUUAGUAUAUGGAAAAGACCUUUAACAUCAGCAACCUCUCAAUGAUAACUCCAUGAUAUACCUAUAAUAGUAAAUUAAUACUUUUUUUUUUAUUUUAUUUUCUUUUUUAAAAAAAGAAAAACAUAUAAAAUAUUAACUCUCAAAAAG